AUGAGAACAGCUGCAUACAGCAAGUUGCAAGGAUCUUACCGGCUGGAUCCAAAAACCUGCAACAUCUGCCGAAGUCCUAAUGAUGUGGUCUUCAGAUCAUUUCCCCUUGCUACAUACAGCAACUUGCAACGAUCUUACCGGCUGGAUCCAAAAACCUGCAGCAUCUGCCGAAGUCCUAAUGAUGUGGUCUUCAGAUCAUUACCCCCUUGCAGCAAGAUUCUCGAAGGAUUAGCAGAAAUCGUGCUCAAGUUCGUCAAUGAGCAAAAUCGGCCGUUGAAUUCCCAAAAUGUAGCCGAUUCGUUGCAGAAGUACAACCUCAAGAAGACUGCCGUACAGAAAGCACUGGAUACUCUUGCAGUCGCAGAUACUGGGAAGAUAAAAGUCAAGCAGAAGAUAUACAUUGCUCGGCAGGACCAGUUCAAGAUCCCAAAUGCUGAAAAUCUUACUGAGAUGAAAGACGAUAGUGCUAAGUUGCAGCAGGAACUGGCUGAACAGAAGGCGACUACUGCAGAGGUCGAGGGCAGGAGGAACUUGGGAUUGAGCACGACGAAGAUGUUGGAGUAA